AUGUCGUCUAACCUGUCUCAUCUCCUGAGAAGUUCUCGACUUGCUCAUGUACCCAAGUCCACAAAUCCACUCACCUCUGCGGCCCCCAAAUAUGCGCCAACGCAUCAAAUUAUUGAGACCAGACCAUCCACUCUACAUCGUCAAGAGUGGGGCCUGAAAAGUUCCCUGCCGCCCAAGACUAAGACCAAAUACAUUGUUUACAACGACUUAGACACUCUGGAGCGCUUGACCACAUUUGAGGCCAACGGUGGCUCACAAUGGAAUCGUAUAAGAUUUCAAGAGCUUGGUGUCGCUCCGAAAUAUAACCCGGGAAAAGCAAACCCUCUUUUCGAGGCCUCUGGCGCUUCUAGAAACCAACUGGUUCCAUUGAGCUCUCUACUCAACGUUGACAGAUCCACCCCAAAAGCCGAGGUCGAAAGAAGGGUUGCCGAACUAAAAGAUCUGCGCAGCGUUUUCAAGAAAUGGCUUUUGGAGCGCGAUCCAGAGGCUCUCCAAAACAAGACAUUCAGCGUGAAAGAUAUGACGGAUAGUGCUGUUGAGUUUCUGAAUGAGUCUACAAGCCACAAUGUCGAAUUGGGUGCGAAAUCUCUGCGCAAACCCAUUGGAACUGGUGGUCUUACGUACAACUUACACGGCAGGCUAAGAAAUUCGCCUAACGGUGUGAUUCAAAAAACUGUUGUUCCGGGAAGGUUCCUCAAUGUGGAAGGCAAUGACAGAUUGGCAGCGAUUGGAGGGUUUGUCGCUAACGCAGGUUCCUCCUCUGUUUCUACCUCUCAGAUGGACUACCGGAUGGGAGAUUUCGUGAGACAGUUGCAGUUUCCUUUUGCUGUCAGUCAUGCUACCGUGCAGGAUAACGGCAAAGUUGUGCUGAGGGCAACCGCCAUUAGCGGUAUGAGUUCAAAGGCCCGUAUACAAAUGAAUAGUCGAGGCUACCAGCAGCGUCCUCCAAGAAAGAACUCUCUACGUAGCACUUCCGUUGAAGAGUCCACAAAGCAUGCUGAAGAGCUACUUAAUAUCUUGACUAACUUCGAUAAAGGCAAGGGUAAGAAGCUGAGGUAG